GCCUCACGUGUUAGGCAUUCUUGACAUCGGUGUAUUUUUAGAGUCUACAAGGUUGAUAGGUUUACAUUUCCAGUUUAUUGCAGUCUACUAGUUUAACGAUAUAGGCUACUACUAGUUUAAUAUUCUGCUGCUGAUAUGGCGUGAUAUUCGUAUGAUAACGUUAAAAACACGACUUUUCAUCGUCGGCCCAGCCCACUUUGCCCCACUGAUCUCAGCACCACCACCACUCGAGGGAGCAAAAGUUUGCUCUGUUUCCAGACCUGCUGACGAGCAUGGCUGGUGAGCGCGGAGUCAACACUGGACAAAGCGCGGAACGUGGAUCUUUUGGACCUGUGCAACGGCUUAAUUAUGUCGAGCGUGAUCUUUCCCAGGUACUCCAGGAGCGGGAGAAACUGAGGAAUGAUCGAGGUGUUUACCUGCAGAGGAUCCAGUACCUGGCCAAGGAGCAGAUGUGCUUCCAGCAGGAGCUGCGAGAGCUGACCUCUCCGUACAGAGUCACGUUUGACCAGGAGGAGACCCAGCGACAAGUGGAACAGUUCCUGGAGCACAUUAAAAUCCACAUGUUGUCCUUGCGGCAGGCUGACGACGCAGCCAGGUACCACCUCCUCAGGCUGCAGCAGGAGGCCGUACUCCUGGGCCUUCCUCCUCCAGCCCACCCCUGGUCCUCAGACGCAGAUAUUCUGCUGCCAGACGAGGAGGACGAGAGCCAACAGCAGCCAAGCCCACUGGAGCCCCCCCACCACGACACCCCCAGACCACAGCCAAGCCCACUGGAGCCCCCCCACCACGACACCCCCAGACCACUGACGGCCACAGUAAGUGACGAUUCGAGGAAGGCUCUAGCCGACAGCUUGAUCCAGACCACAGGAGGUGGACGGAGAGAGCCGAUGGAGAUCUGUUUAAGGGAAGAGCUGUGUGAGAUGCUUCGUGCCCAUCACAGUGGUCUUACGCAGGAGGCAACACCUCAAUGCUUGAGCCAGGCCAAGGACCAUCAUCCCGGCAGUUUAAAGACCACUGUGGAGGGAACGGAGACAAUGUCGAGGUUCAGUGUAGACAAUAUGCUGAGGAAGGCCACCAUGCUGGUGGGGGAUAAAGUUCAGUAUGAAACAUCCACCAACCCAAACACACAGGCAAGGGCCGUCACCAUGGAGAUCCUGGCCGACACCCUCAGGGCCACGGACACAGAGGAGCACCGAAGAACAUGGAGACCGAUAGGUGGUGCAGAGCCAUCUCUUGAAGAGCCAGACGGGCCUGUGGUUGUAAGGACUGAACACACAAAGGGAACUGUGCUGAGAGUCCCUCCAAAACAGAACACACUCGUCAGUAAUCUACCAAUUAAGGACCUUCCUCUUGGUAGUUUGAAGGCCGUUGUGGAGGGAGUGGAGAAGAAGCUGAGCUUCAGUGCAGACGAUGUGCUAACGAAGGCCACCAUGCUGGUUGGGGAUAAAGUUCAGUUUAAAAUAUCCACCAACCUCAAGACCAAGGCAGAGAGGGCCGUCAUCGUGGAGAUCCUGGCCGACACCUUUGAGUGCGAUCACACAGAGGAGCAACGCAAAAUAGGGGUGGUUCUUGGCUUGAGCAACUCAUUUGGAUACAUCAAGUGCUCUCAGGACCCCAAACUGGUCUUUGACUUCUGUGAGGUCUUGGAAGACAAGAAGCUCUCCCACUCAGAGAAUGUGGAGUUCACUAUAGUGCCAAACACGGUGGCUGGGACUGGCUACCAAGCCAUCAGGAUCAGGAGACAGAAAAUGUUCACCCCUGUGCCAACACUGGACAGCCCCACUACAACACAUUCAGAGAAAGUGUUCACCUCUGUGCCACCAUUAGAGGGCCCCACUACAACACAGACACAAAAGAAGAUUACCAUCCAACCAACAAACACCAAGGAAAGGAUACAGAAAGACACAGGAAUCAAUUCUGAUGGCCCCAAAACAGGAACGCAUGUCCAAAUUCUGCCCAGCUCAGUCAGUGCAGUAAAACUUGCAAUGACAGAGAAUACAGAGGACCCCAACACAAAGACAACAGAAGCAUCUGGAAGGAGAAGCAGCAUCCACCCGAACUGUGACCAUGGCAAUCAAAGCAGGAACAGAAUCCCAUAUAAGGGUGGCAGGACUGAUCGACCUCAGAGUUACCGUAGCUCGAGCAGAGAAAGGAGACAAGUAGGAGUAAGCAAAGAUGAGAGCGAUAGAGAGAGAAGUCGCAGCAGGAGCAGAGAGCGGUCUACCGGGAACAAGCGGAGCAGGAGCAGUGACAGGGUCAGGGACCAAGGCAGAGAUCGGAGUCACCGUAGCUCAAGCAGGGAAAGGAGGCGAGAGAGAAGCAAGGAGAGGUGGAACAGAAACAAUAGUCGCAGCAGGAGCAGAGAUCACUCCCAUAGGAGUCACAGUCGGAGUCACAGCAGCAGCAGUCACAGCAGAAGUAGAAGCCGGGAAAGAGGUGGCAAAAUUGGUCGAUUUGAGAGGCACCAUACAGCAACCAGAAAAUGGAUAAGAAGAGAAACGAGCAGGGAGAGGGGCAGUAGAUAUAGGAGUCGCAGCAGGAGCAAAGAACUUUCCCCCAGAAACAGACAUAGCAGGAGCAGGGAAAGAAGCAGAGAACUUUGCCAAAGGAAUAGACAUGGCAGUAGCAGGAGGAGGAGCAAAGAACUUUCCCCCAGGAAUAGACGUAGCAGUAGCAGGAAGAGGAGCAGAGAUGGGAACAGGGACAGGGGCAGAGACCAGGAUAGGAGCAGCAAUCAGGGCAGGAACCGAAGCCCUGAGUGUAGAGAUGAGCAGCGCAAGAGACAAAGCAACAGUGGUGAGGGUUCCUCCAGGAAACGCAGGCGGAGCAGGAGUCCCAGGAUAGACCAUAUGACCGCAAAGGUUGAAAAGGACCUGUCCAGUUCUAAGGCCUCUGGUACUACCACCUACGGAUCAUCCAAUCCUGAUGCAAUUGAGGAUGAGGAGAGUGAGGAUUUGGCCAGGAAGAAAAUGGAGCUGGAAGAGUUGGAAGCUUUGAUUGCUGAAAAGUUGGCUGAAAAUGCUGCCUUGGAACUAGAGAUGACAUCAUUACCUUGCCAAACCUCUCUUUCACCACAACAUCAGAGAACUAUGCCCCCUCUCAGACAAGCCCACAAAGACAACCUUUAUGACCCCUUCCAGAUGGAUGAGGAAUAUAAAAAACAGCUAAAAGAAGUACGUCUGGGAAGUGCCAAUGAAGUACAAAGAGAUAACUUGCGACAUUAUGACCGCGCUGCGAGGUUCAGGAGGGAUAGUUUAUGUGGUGAUGGCGUGGAACCAGUGCUGUGUGUAGAAGUGCAGUUCCUCAGACAGGCUGAGGAGGAUGGCGAGGACCGCUGUGUUCAUGAAAGAGAGGCCAAUGACUGUUUUGAGCACCACAUGGAACGGGACAAGAGUAUAGUGCCACAUGAUCAGAAGAGAGAAGACCAAACACCGAGCCUGAGCCAGCAUGAACAGAAGAUGCAUAGGCGGUCAGAUGAGGGUAGGCGUUUUCCUGGAGGAGCAACCCUUGGCAAGUCUAUUGAUCCAGUGGGGACCAAACAUGUACAGCCUCGACAUGGUCAUGGUACCAACAGAAAUGAUAAAACGGUCUGGAUUUGUGGCCAUGGUCUUGUAGCUGUGGCCAGAAGGAUGAGCAUGUGGCCAGAGUGUGGCGUUCAGCUGGGUAAAAUGAAAGGGUUAUGGAGUGGAACGCAAGGAAUGACCUGGAUAGAGCUUGUGGCCCAUUUAAACAGACUCAGAAACAAGUGGCCCCUCCCACACAUGCUCAUCAUCCACCUGGGCGGCGACAACCUCAACAUGAGGAACACAGAGGACCUGCUGAUCACCAUUAGGGAGGAACUAACCCGCGUACGCAACCUAUUCCCCCAGUGCCUGAUUGUGUGGUCUGACAUCCUACCCACAUGCUUCUGGAAACAGUGCAUGACUCCUGAUGUGGAGGUUGAUGAGGCAGCAGGCAGAAUUCAUGACAUGAUCAAUUGCAGAGCACAUGCUAUAGUAACUGAAUUGGGGGGAAGAGUCAUAACCCAUGACAACAUUGGCCCUGAACAUUAUUACCCCAAUGACAUUUGCCUUUCAGACCAAGGCAUUCAAAAGUUCAACCAAAACCUCCAACAGUUUGUGGAAAACUGGGAGAAGGAGUUAAUCCCAACAUCAGAACAUUUAGAAAUCACCUCAAAUUCCCCAGAGCCCACUAACAACAUCCUAGAACCUGUUGAUCCGUUCCACGAUUCCCUCUCUCAUUCUGUUGACGAUUUGGACGUGACUCGAGAAGACUCAGGAAACACCAUUAUCUCCCUCCAACAGCCCCAGAAGGAUGAGAACGCCCCAAAGAACACAUCUCUACCCCGAAGCCCUCCAGCCACUUCCACUGCUCCUGAUGUUUCGUCCAGCUCAUCUCCUGCGGUUUCAUCCUCUGGAACAUUCAGACCAGAAAACAGCGGUGGUCUACCUCCAGAUGCGGAUUUGGACAUGACUCCAAAAGACUCAGGAAACACCAUCAUCUCCCUCCAACAGUCACAGAAGGAUGUGAACUGCACAAAGAACACAGCUCAGCCCCAUAGCUCUCCAUCCACCUCAACUCAAAAACUCAUGAAACCUGAAACAUAUAAAACAAUCUGGAUGUGUGGAUAUGCUCUUUCAGGUUUGGCCAGAAGGAUGGCAACAGCACAAAAACAUGCCAGUAAACUGGGGAAUAAUAGUCCUAGCAUUAGGGUGCACCACUUGGGAGGUCCUGGAAUGACCUGGACUAACCUUAUGCUCCAGAUGCACGAGGUGAAAAGCAACCAACCAUAUCCGGACAUGGUCAUCAUCCAUCUUGGAAGCAAUAACAUCAACAUGAAAAAAAAGGAAGACUUGCUAAACACAAUCAAGAAAGACUUGACUCUCACACACAACAUCUUCCCCCAGUGCCAGAUUGUGUGGUCUGACAUGCUGUUAAUGCGUUUCUACAAACAAGGCAUGACUCCUAGUAACAAGGCUGAUGAGGCAGGUGACAGAAUUCAUGAAGUGAUCAAUCGUACAGCGCAUGCUAUAGUUAAUGACCUGGGGGGAAGAGUCAUCACCCAUGACAACAUUGGCCCUGAACUCUAUAGCCCCAGGGGUAAUGAAAUGGUCAUCUCAAACCAAGGCAUUAAAAGGUUCAACCUGAAUAUUCAGCAGUUUGUGGAUGAGUGGAAGAGGCAGGUCGACUUUGUGUCGGCGCACACAGAAACUAUUCCGAAAUCCCCAGAGCCCACUAACAACAACCUAGAACCUGUUGAUCCGUUCCACGAUUCUCUCUCUCAUUCUGUUGACAAUUUGGAUGUGACUCGAGAAGACUCAGGAAACACCAUCAUCUCCCCCCAACAGCCCCAGAAAGAUGAGAACUCCCCAAAGAACUCAUCUCAACCCCAUACCCUUCCCCCCACUUCCUUUGUUCCUGACAUUUCAUCAAGCUCAUCUCCUGCAGCGGGUGAUGACAUGGAUGUGACUCCACUAGACACAGCCACCAUUUCCCCACAACAGGAGUUAAACCAGAAGCGGAAGCCCUUUGGAUCAGAGGCAACGGUGGAAAAGGAAAUCGUGGAGGAUGUCUGCAGUGACUUCUUCAAGGGAACAGUGCUUCGACUCCCAGCAAAGGACAAACAGGCGGUCAACAAUAUGCUGUUUAAUAGGAACAAGGAGCUUCUGCUGGGGACUUUGCAGGCGUUUGUGGAGGGAGUGGAGAAGAAGCUGAGCUUCAGUGCAGACGAUGUGCUAACGAAGGCCACCAUGCUGGUUGGGGAUAAAGUUCAGUUUAAAAUAUCCACCAACCUCAAGACCAAGGCACAGAGGGCCGUCAACGUGGAGAUCCUGGCCGACACCUUUGAGUGCGAUCACACAGAGGAGCAACGCAAAAUAGGCGUUGUUGUUGGCCUUAGUAAUAUCUUUGAGUUUGGAUACAUCAAGUACCCGCAGGACCCUGAACUGUACUUUAAAUUCUGUGAGGUGAUGGAGGAGCUCUCCCUCUUAGAGAAGGUGGAGUUCACUGUUGUGCCGAAAAGCACAUCUGAAGCUGGCAAUCAAGCCAUCAGGGUCAGGAGGUUGGCCGAUCGCGUAUUCAUCCCGGCUCCAAAGCUAGAGGGUCUGGGGACUGCAGAGAAAGAGAAGCAGCAGCAGGUCAGAGAGAGCAAUGAGAGUCCUGUGGAGGCGAACCAGACACAUGGGAGCAGUGAGCCCAUCACAGGCCCUGUUACCAAAACAUGUGGUGUGAAAGGUCCACCCAAAGUGGUCUGGAUGUGUGGUUUUGCUCUUUCAAAUUUAGCCAAAAGGAUAACAUCAGCACAAAAUCAGGCCGCUAAACUAGGGAAUACAUGCGCGAGUAUGAGGGUUUACCAGUGGGGGACUCCUCAGAUGACCUGGGCGCAACUGGUAAUCGAGAUGUGCCGGUUCAAAGAGAAGCAGCCCCGCCCAGACAUGCUCCUAAUUCAUUUGGGAGGGAGGAACGUUGACCUGAGAAAUCCACACUGUAGUCUGAAAAGCAUCAGGAAGGAUUUGGGUAAAACGCACAGAAUCUUCCCCCAGUGCCUGAUUGUGUGGUCCGACAUGCUGCCAGGAGGCUCCUGGAAAUUCAAAAGCAUGACGGUCAAAGCCAAAACAAAAGCCAUUAAUGUAAUCAAUCACAGAGCACGUUCUUUAAUAACUGACCUGGGGGGGAGAGUUAUCACUCACCAGAACAUUGGGCCUGAACGCUAUCUCUCCAAUGGCCUCUCAAAGCAAGUCAUUGAAAUGUUUAAAGAGAACAUACACAGAUUUUUGGAUAAGUGGGAGAUGGGGGUCAAUCCUGAAUCGGAGCUCACAGACACCAUAGCGCCCCCUGCUGACAGUACAGGGCCUACUUCAGACAGGUCACAUCUCAGCCAGAACGCAUCUGAGCCCCACAGCCUUCUGGCCACCUCCACUGCUCCUGCUGUGUCAUCAAGCUCACCUCCUGCAGCCACCUCCACUGCUCCUGCUGUGUCAUCAAGCUCACCUCCUGCAGCCACCUCCACUGCUCCUGCUGUGUCAUCAAGCGCACCUCCUGCAGCCACCUCCACUGCUCCUGCUGUGUCAUCAAGCUCACCUCCUGCAGCCACCUCCACUGCUCCUGCUGUUUCAUCAACCGCACCUCCUGCAGCCACCUCCACUGCUCCUGCUGUGUCAUCAAGCGCACCUCCUGCAGCAGGUGAUGAUGUGGAUAUGACUCCCGAAGACUCGGGAAACACCACCAUCUCUCACCAGCUCUCCCAGAAGCAGCAGCAGGUCAGAGAGGGCAAUGAGAGUCCUUUGGAGGUGAACCAGACACAUGGGAGCAGUGAGCCCAUCACAGGCCCUGUUACCAAAAAAUGUGAUGUGAAAGGUCCACCCAAAGUGGUGUGGAUGUGUGGUUUUGCUCUUUCAGGUUUGGCCAAAAGGAUAACAUCAGCACAAAAUCAGGCUGCUAAACUAGGGAAUACAUGCGCGAGCAUGAGGGUUCACCAGUGGGGGACUCCUCAGAUGACCUGGAUGGAACUGGUAAUCGAGAUGUGCCGGUUCAAACGGCAACAGCCCCGCCCAGACAUGCUCCUCAUUCAUCUGGGAGGGAAGAACGUUGACCUGAGAAAUCCACACUUUAGUCUGAAAAGCAUCAGGAAGGAUUUGGGUAAAACGCACAGAAUCUUCCCCCAGUGCCUGAUUGUGUGGUCCGACAUGCUGCCAGGAGGCUCCUGGAAAUUUAAAAGCAUGACUGACGAAGCCACAGCAAAAGCCAUUGAUGUAAUCAAUCACAGAGCACGUUCUUUAAUAACUGACCUGGGGGGGAGAGUCAUCACUCGCCAGAACAUUGGGCCUGAACUCUGUCUUUCCAAUGACCAUGAAAAGGGCCUCUCAAAGCAAUUCAUUGAAAUGUUUAAAGAGAACAUACACAAAUUUUUAGAUGAGUGGGAGAUGGGGGUCAAUCCUGAUUCAGACCUCACAGACACCACCUCAUCAACCAUAGCGCCCCCUGCUGACAGUACAGGGCCUACUUCAGACAGGUCACAUCUCAGCCAGAACGCAUCUGAGCCCCACAGCCUUCUGGCCACCUCCACUGCUCCUGCUGUGUCAUCAAGCUCACCUCCUGCAGCCACCUCCACUGCUCCUGCUGUUUCACCAAGCUCACCUCCUGCAGCCACCUCCACUGCUUCUGCGGUUUCAUCAAGCGCACCUCCUGCAGCCACCUCCACUGCUUCUGCGGUUUCAUCAAGCGCACCUCCUGCAGAAGGUGAUGAUGUGGAUAUGACUUCCGAAGACUCAGGAAACACCACCGUCUCUCACCAGCUGUCCCAGAAGACUCCCCACGUACCUCAGUCUAAAGAUAUAUCAAGCAUCACUGUCAAGCAAAGUCUCUCUGCGGAGAAAUCCUCCAACACACUGAAACCUCAGAAGGAGGAUGUCUGCAAACAGGAAGUCCGACCGAUAUCUGCAGCUGUGACGGACAUUAAGGCCAUUUCAACUGAAUCAAAGACCAGAGAGGAGUUCUUAAAAUGUUAUCGGCUCUUCACUCUGAAUCCAAACACGGCACACAAGAAGCUCUAUUUGAUGGAGAACAACAGGAAGGUGGAAUGGAGUGACCAAGACCAGCCAUAUCCACAUAACCCACGAAGAUUUGUUGAGAAAUGUUUCCAGGUGCUGUGUUGGGAGAGCAUUUCCGAACGCCGCUACUUUGAGGUUGAGUGGAGUGGAAGUGUUUGUAUAUCACUCUCAUUUGACAACCAAGGCUGGAAAAAAACGGGUUGAUGUUAAGUUUGGGUCAAAUAUUCUGUCCUGGGCGCUGAAACUCUCCCGCACUAGCUGUUGUGUCUAUCACAAUGAUGAGAAGAUCAAAGUUCCUCAAGUGACGAGCUCCAGAAUAGGAGUGUGUGUGGACUACAGGGCUGGCACUCUGGCCUUCUAUAGUGUCACUGACACAGUCACCCUCAUUUGGAAAGUCCAGACCAAAUUCAGUUUUCCACUCUUUCCUGGAUUUGGUUUAGGUCGUGGAUCAUCAGUGAAGCUCCUGUGAUUCCAAUAUGGAUAAAGGUUGUCGCAAUAUGCACAUCUUAUUGCCCACACACAUUAAUAUAGACAUAUUUUGUUAUAUUAUAAGUUAUACAUAUUGUAUUGCUGUUCACACCAUGUCUUCUGUUCCCUAUGUUCUGUGUUGAAUAUUUGAUUGGUGAACAGUGUGUUCUAUGUUUGUGAAUUUGCUUGUAUACAGUGCAUAUUGGCCUUGGAUUUUUUUUUUAUUUUACAGUGUCCUUGGGCAACAUGAAAUGUGCUUAUAAAUAAAAUGUAUUAUAAUAGUA